CGCGAUUAUGUAACGUGUCGACUGCGUGCACCGGCACCUCAUCGUACGAUUCGCCGUCGGUCAAGUUUGCCACGAUGAACGCGCGGCUUCACGUUCGGUCCUUUCAAAGUAAAACCAGUGACUACAACGGUGCAAGGCGGUGCGUUUUAUGCUGAGCUCCUCAUUUCCUCCGUGGCUCAGCUGCUUCCUUUGGCCGACUUGACGUAUGCGCGUGGUGCGUCGUUGCGUCGCGCCGUAGAGGAAGCGUUGGCGCAUCGCAACAAACUGCUGCCGCUGGACCUGCGGCUGCUGCUUUCUGCGGACACAGUUAAACCGGCUGCCCUGCACCGUAACGGUGCACACAACGGACACCGUUCACAACCGGAGAGAGUCGCUCUGUGGCUACAGUUGAACCUCAACUGAUCCCUCAUCAGCUUCGACAUGAUCAAGAACGGACAUCACCACCACCAAGUGAGCACGGUAGCCGGUAAAGACGCAGGCGCGACCCCCGGCGCUGCAUCUUGCAGUCCCGAGAAGAGGAGGAGAAGAAUCCGGGUGUGGUGCGAUGGUUGCUAUGACAUGGUCCAUUAUGGCCACUCCAACCAGCUGCGACAGGCCAAGGCCAUGGGAGAUUACCUCAUCGUUGGAGUACACACAGAUAGUGAGAUUGCGAAGCACAAGGGUCCACCAGUCUUCACUCAGGCAGAGAGAUACAAGAUGGUGCGGGCCAUAAAAUGGGUGGAUGAGGUCGUGGAAGGAGCGCCUUACGUCACCACCCUCCAGACCCUCGACAAGUACAACUGUGACUUCUGUGUGCACGGAGAUGAUAUAACACUCACAGUGGAUGGGAAAGACACAUAUGAAGAGGUGAAGAAGUCAGGGCGGUACAGGGAGUGUAAGCGAACCCAGGGAGUUUCAACCACAGAUCUGGUCGGCAGGAUGCUACUGAUGACCAAAGCACAUCACAGCAACAUUGAUAGUUCAGACUAUCAGCAGCACACGGACAACUUUGGAAAGAAGGGCCACAGUCCCUGGACGGGGGUGUCUCAGUUCCUGCAGACUUCACAAAAGAUCAUCCAGUUUGCUUCAGGGCAGGAGCCUCAACCCGGGGACACUAUCAUCUAUGUGGCUGGGGCCUUUGACCUCUUCCACAUCGGCCAUGUGGACUUCCUGGAAGCAGUGCAUAAGCUCGCCGAAAACCCAUACAUUAUAGUGGGGUUGCACUUUGAUCAGGAGGUGAACCGCUACAAAGGGAAAAACUAUCCCAUCAUGAAUGUCCACGAGAGAACACUCAGCGUCCUGGCUUGUCGAUAUGUGUCAGAAGUGGUGAUUGGUGCACCCUUUGCAGUCACAAAAGAUUUGCUGGAACAUUUCAAGGUGGAUCUUGUAUGCCAUGGAAAAACAGAAAUAUAUCCUGACAAGGAUGGCUCCGACCCUCAUGCUGAGCCGAGGAGGAAAGGAAUCCUGCGUACUGUUGACAGUGGGAACAGCCUUACUACGGAUGCCAUUGUGCAGAGGAUAAUUAAAAACAGGUUGCUAUUUGAAGCAAGGAACCAGAAGAAAGAAGCCAAAGAGAUUGCUGUGAUCCAGGCCAUGAAGCGACAAGAGGAGGAGAAGACUAAAGAAAGAUCCCAGGCUGUGCUGUAGGAAGGCCCCAAACAAGCACCGAGUGUCAUAACACUGACAAGCUCAAUUAAUCUAAACUCAUGUACAGUAAAAAGCAACCCUUUUAUAUGUGCUAUGACACCCUCCACACAAGAUCCUGGCUUAUAAGAGCACUCCUUACAGCAGCCCGUUUGAAGCCAGGGCGGCAUAGUCUGCUGUGGGAUCAUCAGGUAUUACCGCGCGUGUUCCUGUGUGCGAUUGUGUGUGUGUGCGUGUGUGUGGGGAACUUCUGUGUAUUAAUAUAUUUCGCCAUAUGCAAAUACAUGUUCAUGUCAGUCAACAAUCACACAUGCAGACGAUGGAGUUAUAGACAUGCAACAGUUGGAGCGAGGAAGAUACCACGAUGUCUUCAAAUGUCUAUUAUAUCUCUUUGGAUAUUUUUAAUUCCUCAAGCACUCUUAUUUAUUUUUUGCCUUCAAAAAUAUAGAAUUUUAAGUAUACUAUUAUGGGAUUUGGACAUAUGAAGGGCAAGUGUGGGUACCUGAGAUGUUGGUCAGGCAUUAAGCUGUAACCAGGAAGUGAUUUGAUUCGUCGCUUCCAUGGUGUUGUUGCUGCUUUCUGUCCAGCAUUGGGUGUAGCCCAACAACUGAUCUAUGUAUAAACUGUAUGUACUGUAUCUAUGUAUUAUAAAGUAAUCACAGGAUUUCUGGAGGACGCUAAAACCACUAGAGAAUUAGGGGACAAAAUCCCCCUGCUUCUCUGCAUCUAACUUGGGUUGUUUGGAUGGGAGAAGCUGUAGAAAACUCUUUUGGGACCUCAUGUACCUUUAUGCUCCAGAAAUCGUCAGAACUGUCCUGUUUUACUGGUAGAGCAGGUUUUUAACUCAAAAAUGCCCAGACCUGUACGCCUGGCCUUUUGAGUGCAAUUGUAUUUUUUUUUAACCAACACUCCUAAUGGUUUUAUCC